GGCAUUUUGUGUGGUCAAAUCUCCCUGAAUAAUGUCCCAAGGUCGUGCUGGUCCAGUACUUUCUCCAGUCUAUGAGGAUUCCCUUGCAUGCAUCUAUCCUUGAUUGUACCGAGGAAGAAAUGCAUUCGCUGCUUUCAACCUAGCUCUGUCACUACACGCUUCUUCGCCACGUCUCCGAGAUUUGCUGCAAUCAGGGGAGCUCUUUCUAAGCCAAUAAUGGGCCGCGUGACGCUGAUUGAGUUGCUUGAUAACUCUGCAGCAGAACAUGGAGAGCAGCCCGGUCUUAUUACAAGUGGGAGUCUACAAUUGACACACAAGGAACUUCAGGACGCUAUUGAUAAAACUGCUAUUCAACUUCGUCGCAUUGGUGUGAAGCCUGGUAACUUGGUUUCACUCGCCUUCCCCAAUACUCUUGAGUUCGUGGUAGCCUUCAUCGCUGUCACAAGAGUAAGGGCCAUUGCUGCACCCUUGAACUCUGCCUACACUGAAGACGAGUUCAAAUUUUACUUGGAAGAUGCGAACUCCACUCUUCUGUUGGUACCCGGUGCUGAAGGAAACAAAGCUGCCGAAGCAGCCUCCAAGACACUAGGCUUACCCAUUGCAGGAGUGCAUUGGGAAAAAGGGAGCUCCAGCGGCGACGAAAUUGUCCUGACGCCCAAGGAUAAAGUUGAAGUUGCUCCAGAGCCUGAGGAUGGGGCUGGUCCGAAACCAGAUGAAGGCGAUGAAGCUCUCUUCCUUCACACUUCUGGCACCACGAGCCGACCGAAAGGAGUACCACUCACGCAGAAAAAUCUCGCUUCCUCAAUCAAGAAUAUCAUCGCUACUUACGAGCUGACUCCCUCCGACCGAACCUUGAUUGUCAUGCCCUUGUUCCACGUGCACGGCUUGAUGGCAGCUUUGCUGUCCACUCUUGUCUCAGGAGGAGCAGCGGUCCUUCCCUCCGCUGGACGCUUCUCGGCGUCAUCCUUCUGGAGUGAUAUCAGAGACAACCAUGUGACUUGGUACACAGCUGUUCCCACCAUCCACCAGAUCCUACUCAAAGUUCACAAAAGCAAGCCUGAGAGCGAAUAUCCCAAGCUACGGUUCAUUCGAAGCUGCAGCUCCAGUUUGGCCCCACCAGUCCUUGCCGACCUGGAGGCUUCCUUCAAGGCUCCUGUUCUGGAAGCCUAUGCUAUGACUGAGGCCAGUCACCAGAUGACCUCGAACCCUUUGCCCCAUCAUGGAGUUCACAAGCCUGGAAGCGUGGGUAAAGCAACUGGGAUUGAGCUCGCCAUUUUGGACGACGAUGGUAGUAUCUUGAAGCCUGGGGAAAUCGGAGAGAUUUGUAUUAAAGGACCCAACGUUACAUCAGGCUAUAAGAACAAUCCCGAUGCUAAUCAGGUUGCGUUUGCGUUCGAUUGGUUUCACACUGGUGACCGGGGUAAAUUGGACGAGGAGGGAUACCUAUCCUUGACCGGUCGUAUCAAAGAGCUGAUCAACCGUGGAGGAGAGAAAAUUUCGCCGCUGGAGAUCGAUGCUGUUCUGCUUGCUCACCCAGCAGUCUCUGAGGCAGUUGCCUUCGCUGCUCCUGAUGAUCAUUUUGGAGAAGAGGUCAAUGCUGGCAUUGUGCUGAACAAAGGAACAGAGGCUACUGCUAUGGACAUCGUGGAACACUGCAAAAAGAAUUUAGCACCGUUUAAGAUUCCAAAACGAAUUUUCUUUGCUGAUGAACUGCCGCGCACAGCCACAGGAAAGAUCCAGAGGAGGAUAGUCGCUGAACAUUUUUUGAAAACUGCAGCAUAAAAAGAGCCUCGAGAAAUCUGAGGUGCUGACUUUCAAGCUUUAGUUGAUAGUGUAUCAAUGGGAUCAUGUUUUAAGAGAGCAACGAAAGGAGUGUUCCCUUGGUGUAAUUCUCAACGUGAAUCUGCGAUGUCAUGGCUAAUUCGUUGUCCAGAUUUAGUUUCCAAGCGAAAUUGGUUAAGCUUGGAAUUCAAUCUCUCCGUGUACCAGAUUUGUUAAUAAAAAAAAAAAAACAAAGUUCAGAGCGAUUACAUCGCCACUCGGAUUUGCCA